GACAUGCCUGGGCAGCGGGUGGUUCUCCAGCCCUUGGCCACCCUGUGUUCGCAGCUGCUCGUGGUCGGCGCCCUGGUGACGCGGUCUGGCAGUCACCGUGACAAAUGAAAAUACCUUCAGAUGACCAGCACCCCCUUGAGAAAGACGGGCGAGGAACCCCGCUUCCGAAACCUUGACCCCAGCCAGGUUGCUGUUAGAUGGGCACUUCCCCGGGUGACCUCCUGAUGAGGGGCCUGCGCCAUCUCGCAUCGCCAGGGCAGCCGGAGGUGCGUGGGAGAAUGGACAAGACUUGUAAAAUGAACUACAAGGUGGUGGACAGCCCGCUGGGGGAGAUUGAGAUCUCUGCCUGUGAGCAGGGUGUGCAUGAGAUCAGGCUGCACGGCAGGAAGACCCCCGACACCGGAGCCACGGAGGCCCCCCCUCUUCCUGAGCUGCUCGGCUGUCCAGGGGAAAUGACGGCGCCCCUGAAGCAGUGCGUGGCCUGGCUGGAUGCCUAUUUCCAUGAGCCGGCGGCCCUCAAAGACCUCCCCUUGCCUGCGAUUCACCAUCCCGUUUUCCAGCGAGAUUCGUUCACCAGACAGGUGUUGUGGAAGCUGCUGAAGGUUGUCAGACUCGGAGAAACGGUUUCUUACCGGCAAUUAGCAGCCCUGGCAGGCAGGCCCCGAGCAGCGCGGGCAGUGGGCGGAGCGAUGAGGACCAAUCCUCUUCCCAUCCUCAUCCCGUGCCACAGAGUGGUCUGCAGCAGUGGAGCCAUGGGCAACUACUCCGCAGGCCGGGCCACGAAGGAGUGGCUUCUCGCCCACGAGGGCCGCCUGGCAGAGAAGCCGAGCUGUCCGGGAGGCUCCCGUGGGGGUGGCAUCCCCCGCCCCCAGCCUGCUGGCGGAACGGAGGACUUGUGGGAGUAAAUACUUGAGUGACACAUAAAGGUUCUAGCACAUUGGAGGUGGUCUGUGCGGUAUUAAAAGAACUGAACGUGUCCUGGGGGACAUAGCGUGUGUGCCUUUUCUUGUUUCCACAUUUUACGGCAGAGUGUGUUCAGAGGACUGGCCGUUGUUCGUCGUUUGUUUCUCUCUCACACCGUCGUCAUUCCAUUUCUAAUGUCUGUUAACACAGGGAUAAGAAAGUGGGGGGCCCGGCAAGCCUGAGAGCCACCGUCCGGGCAGGUGGGAGCAUCCGGCACCCGCCAGGGCCCUGGCCCCCCCCCCCCGCCGACACAGGCCUGUCCCCCUGAGAAGCUGGCCUCCCCGGCUCCCCUCUCUGCUCGGCCAUUGAGGCUGCCAGGACGGGGUCUCCCACUCAGGCCUUCCUGAGGGAGGCCCGGCCUCGGAAACCAGUGCUCAUGGAGGUUUUCUAGCGAUGUUCUUCUCACCGCCACAAAACCAGUGAAGGAUGCACACCCUUUGGGUUGUAUCGGUUGAAUGGAAGUGCACCACUUACCAAAGCGAUUUGGGAAAAGAAGUAGCUCCUUGAGAUGAGUUUGGUCGAAAUGGCUCCUUCCCGAGGGCGGAGGGUGGAGGGUCUUCCUCGGGCCCUAGCCCCUCUGCUGCCGCUGCUGACCUUUGUGCGCUCCAAAUGGAAGGUGACGAUAGAGCCUAAGAGUCAGAGGUCACACAAGAAGGGGGGGUCUGCUCCUGUCGCUGGCAGCAGAGAAGAGUGUUUCCAACCAAGUGCCACCGUCCGAUGCUUCAUUAUCACGUUGUCAUUUUCUCUUUAUAAUUAACCGUACCUGAGAAACACGAGGGAAACUUGCAGCUAUGCAUGUGGAUAAAUAAGAAUAGAGCGUAUGAUGUAUGGAGAAAAUAAACUCCACCCCACUGUGCAGGAGAGAGCUGUAUUUUUGUCAGGGGUUCCUGUGACAACGCAGACCCCAGCAGGGAAGCUCAGGUGCUUUGUAUGUGUCACCGAGAGCCUGGGUAAAUAUGCAGCCUGUAAUGCGCAUGGUUUGGGCGUAUUUCAAAUUCCAUGUUUCCUUAACGCCGGUAAAGGAACGGUGCCUGAGGUAAACAGACUUUAGGCUUUCCUCACCAAUUUGCAAUUUGUUAUAUCCUUUUAUUAUGUCAACCAAAUUCUGGGUCUUUCCCCUCAAAAAUA